UUCGCGUAGCUCGCUGCAGUUAUUUUUCGCUGUGCUCCUGAUCCACAGAUCAUUUGUUGCAGGAGGCAACUGGGAGUACGAAACCUUAUCCUUGACAUCCUUUACCUCCGAUGAGAAGCUUUUGAAAAUUACGACAAAGGUAGAUCGUCUGGGUCGCAGCGAUUAUGCGUUUUCCAUGACGCUAGACUGGAACUAUGAUGCCAAUAAUGAGACUAUGGUUGAAGCUUUAGUUUAUCACUGCUCGUCGGGCGACGAAGACGACUAUAAAUUGAUGCCCUGGUCAAUUCCUAAACAGCCCUUUUUCGAGUAUCUAAAUGGGUUUUACAAGGACGUUUUUAUCAAGAAUGUGGGACACUGCUCCAAUAUGCUGCAAUUCGAAGACGAAUUCGUACCUCCAUGGCCCCGAAAUGUCUAUAAGUUUGACAAAUGUGUGGCCAAUGGCGAGGGAUUACCGGAAAUCGUACCCGAAGGAUUUUUUAGAUUGGCUUACAAAACCACUGGGGAGGUCGACUGGGGUUUCACUCUGCUUGUGAAAGUCACGCAUAAGGUUAUUUAAAGUAUUUAAGGAUGUUCUUUUUCAAGAAAUCCUCUAAAAAUGUUUUUUUCUUUCUAUUUUAUUUUAUUUUACAAAUAUAUGAUAAUAAAUAAUAAUUGGUUAGAAAA